GUAAACCUAGAAUGCUCUAGCAUCACUGUGCAGGAAGACGGUUGUGUUUUCGUUUCUCAGCUGAAUCUCUGCGUAGUUUCAGCAACAAUGUCUUCAGUUCAGCAUCUGAGAGAGUUUAUCAGAGAGCGACUAACUGCUGCUGCUGAAGAAAUCUUCUCAGAGGUUGAGAAAACCAUCGUCCGCUACGAGGAAGACGCCAGACGGCUGGAAAGCUGCUGGAGACCCCAGAUAAAACUCUCCAGCACCGACCUCCACAAGCCACCUGUCUCCAUGGAGGAGGAAGCUUCUUCCAUCCAACAGCUCUGCAACCAGUGGAGAAGGUCCAGUCAUGACCAGGAGGAAGCAGAACCUGAGUGGUCUGAGGAGGAACAGAUGGAACCAGAUCCUCCACUGAUUAAAGAAGAAAAGGAGGAACCAGAACUUCCCCUGAUUAAAGAAGAAAAUGUGGAGCCUGAGUCUUCAUGGUUUAAUGAGGAACAAAGGCAACAGAACCCACUAAUUAAAGACCAAGAGGACCCAGAAGUUCCACUGAUUGAGGAAGAAAAGGACAGACCAGAUUCUUCUAGGCUUAAACAUGAACAGCAGGAUCCAGAAAAUUUAGCAACUAGACAGGAGGAGGAGGAGAAGGAUGUCUGCAGCUGUCAGGGGGGAGAGCAGCUUGUCCAGAAGCAGUCUGUUGCUCUAAUGGAGACCUUUACCCUUCAGGAAAGAGGAGAACCAACAACUGAGCAGCUUUCCUUUCAUAUCUCUCCUGUAGUUCAGACCAAAGACCAGGAAGGAAGGAGCUCCACUGGGUCAGAGAGACAGUCUUGGAGUGAGACUAAGAAAAUGUCUUUAAAAUGUGAUGUUUGUGGGAAGUCUUUGAAGUACAAGAGUCAAUUGAAAAAGCAUUACACAACCCACACAGGUGAGAGGGCAUUUUCUUGUCAGACAUGCGGAAAAGGUUUCAUUCGAGUUAGUCAUUUAAAACUUCACAUGAGAAUCCACACAGGUGAGAGGCCUUUUUCUUGUCAGACCUGCGGAAAAGGUUUCACUCAACUAGCCAGUUUAAAUUUUCACAUGAGAAUCCACACAGGUGAGAGGCCUUUUUCUUGUCAGACAUGUGGAAAAAGUUUCACUCAGCUGAGUCAUUUAAAUAGUCACAUGAGAACCCACACAGGUGAAAGACCUUUUUCUUGUCAGAAAUGUGGGAAAAGUUUCUCUCAUAUGUGCUCUUUAAAACUUCACAUGGCAAUCCACACAAGUCAGAGACCCUUUUCUUGUCAGACAUGUGAAAAAAGUUUUACUCAACUGGGUGCUUUAAAAGCUCACACCAGAUGCCACACAGGGGAGAGGCCUUUUUCUUGUCAGACAUGUGGUAAAAGUUUCACUCAAGUGGGUGCUCUAAAUGCUCACAAGAGAACCCACACAGGCGAGACUCCUUUUUCUUGUCAGACAUGUGGAAAAAAAUUUACUCAACUGGGUGCUUUAAAAGCUCACACCAGAUGCCACACAGGGGAGAGGCCUUUUUCUUGUCAGACAUGUGGUAAAAGUUUCACUCAAGUGGGUGCUCUAAAUGUUCACAAGAGAACCCACACAGGCGAGACUCCUUUUUCUUGUCAGACAUGUGGAAAAUGUUUCUCUCAGCUGGGUCAUUUAAAUGUUCACAGGAGAGUCCACAAAGAGGAGAGACUUUUUUCAUGUGGAAUAUGUGGACAGAGCUUCACUGCAGGUCGCAAGUUGAAUAUUCACAUGAAACAAAUGCAUAAAAGUAAGAGGUAAUCAUUUUUGGGCAAACAAAUAUUUAAAAAGCUCAUCAAAUAUGUAUGUGCAUGAUUUUUUUAAAUAAUUUCGUCUACUCAUCAAAUAAAAGUGCAAGAGUACCAUCCACCAGCAAUUUGCAAUUGUAACUUAAUGAAUUGCUACUAACAGCAUGCAACAUAGUUGGGACUACAACUUCCCUGAUGGUGCAAAUGACAGCUGAGGUUGGGACUGCCCACGGAUAGAAUCAUACCCAAACCUAUAACACAUCCUGGGCACGGGCACUCUUCUUCCUUGCAACAUUUGGUGUGUUGAGAAGGCCGUCAGCUGAUUUUUCUGUGUGUUGACACACGUGGUGGGCCCGUCAUUGGAAUCAGAAUCUUAAUAGGUAUAGAGUUAACGUUUAAAGUACUCCGUAGAGUUGUGUGAACUUUGGCAAAUAUUUCUAAUGUGUGGGAGUGACUCUACAUUGUAAUCUGUUUUUAUUGCUGUGUUUGUUUUGUUUUUGGAGAACAGAGCUGGACCGAUCGGCCUUAGAGCUAUUUUUGCACUUAUGUGUCGCUCAGUAAUCGCCCUUUGAGUGGAGCCCGCCAUCAGCCCUUAGAGAUGCACCGCCUGUUAUCAUUUAAUAUAUUCUUUUUCUCAUCUCA